AUGACCGGCUCCUGCUGUGGAUCUUUCUCCUCCCAGAGCUGUGGAGGUUGCUGCCAGCCCUGCUGCUGCAGGGACCCCUGCUGCUGCCGCCCAGUGUCCUGCCAGACCACUGUGUGUCGCCCUGUGACCUGUGUGCCCCACUACACUAGGCCCAUCUGUGAGCCUGCCGCCCCCAUCUGCUGUGACCCCUGCAGCCUGCAGCAGGGCUGCUGUCGCCCCAUCACCUGCUGCCCCAGCUCUUGCACAGCUGUGGUCUGCAGGCCCUGCUGCUGGGCCUCCACCUGCUGCCAGCCCAUCUCAGUGCAGGCUCCCUGCUGCAGGCCCCCCUGCUGCCAGCCUGCUCCCUGUCGCACCACCUGCAGGACCUCCCCCUGCAACACCUGCUGCUGAGCCCUCUAAUAGGCAACUUUGCCAGGUGAUGGAGCAGAAGAGAGACGCCACCUUUGCAACCCAUCUGUUCUUCCACAAUUCACACAACCAUAAAGACCUAUCAAAAUCCCCACACGUAUAUGCAGCUGGUCAUCUGCAUAGCUCUAGACAUAUCCUAGCUCCCAUCAGCAGAAUUCUCGAAGAUCAAUCCCAUUGAGUCACUGUAAUUUUUUUUUUAAUUUCAAGGUUCAGAUAGGAACUAUUUUCAGCAUGGUCUUUUUCUGCUGUGGUUUUGCAUGAUAAAAAAAAUAAAAUUCUAUUUCUGGCAAAGCA